UAAGAGAUUGCAUGAACUAAAUAUACAGUCAAGAAUAAAACGCGAAAAAGGUACAGGAUGCAGAAUGCCAACGACAAACCCAUUCGCUGCUGUUAUCAUGAAAUAUAUCAAGGAAACAUCUAAAAUCCUUUGCCAUGGAAUAGACUGGGUCAAUUGCAUUGGUUCGGAGUGCUAUGUAAUACAAAAUAUAUUGGAUUCAGCACCGGCAGUGGAAUGCUACUACAGUGAUAUAAUUUACUUUACUGACAAUGAAUAUUACUUCGAGAAUUCUGUCAGAGUAACAGGCAAUGAAAAAUAUAUUUUACAGCGGUCAGAUCACGUACAUGUAUAUUGCAUUAAAAACGCCAAAUUCCCGUUUAGUUGGUUUUCCCCGAGAUGGAGUGGCCUGAAAACUGGUUUACGCGACGUAGAAGUGCCUUAUCGACCUGAUCGAAUUGACUCACUCAACGUUCUCGUACUUGGCAUGGACUCUAUUUCUCACAACCAGUUCUUACGAAAAUUACCCCAUUCUUACAACGUUCUCACUCACGAGCUCGGCGCCGUUAUCCUCAACAGUUACAACAUACUCGGAGAUGGUACUCCAGCUGCUUUGUUUCCAAUUUUGACAGGCAAAUCGGAGCUUGAAAUGCCCGAUGCACGAAAAAUAAACAAAGGUGUAUAUUUUCAUCCAAAGGACUUUUUGUUUGGACAGUUAAAAUUAGACGGUUACCACACAGCAUACUUUGAGGACAUGCCACAAACGGGAACUUUUCAAUACCGCUUUAACGGGUUUAAGUACCAACCGGCUGAUCAUUACCUUAGGCCUUUAUUUUUGGAAGCAACAGAUCUAUACUGCGUAGGCGCCGUACCAAGAUAUGCUCUCAUGUUGAAUCUUACGCUACAAUUCAUUAAAAGAGCAGGCAAGCACUUCUGCUUCACUUUUAUUGCGGAUAUUUGUCACGACGACUCUAAUUUAAUUGCAACUAUGGAAGAUGAUCUAUCUGAAUUCUUGAGAGCUUUAAAAUCAAACGGAAUUUUAGAAAAUACCCUUGUGUUUGUGAUGGGAGACCAUGGGCCGAGGUAUUCAGAAUUGCGAUCUAUUUAUCAAGGCAAGAUUGAGGAGCGUCUGCCUUUCGUGGGCAUCCUUUUGCCAGAAAAGGUAAACAAUUUUAUACGUGCAGUAAAAACGUCUUUGAGAGCAAACGCGGACGUCCUCACAACACCUUUUGACAUUCACACUACCAUUUUAGACGCUGUAGGUUUAAGUCAUUUAAGCAAUAAUUAUAAGGUGCCUGGUUCAGACCUUCCGAGAGGGAUGAGCCUGUUGAGGCCUAUACCAGCGACGCGUUCUUGCGCCGAGGCGGAUGUGCAUACGCAUUGGUGCGCGUGUCUACAGUGGGUCAACGUGUCUCAAACUGAACCCAUCUACACGCGAGUUGCGAAUGCAUUCUGUACUUUUAUUAAUAAUCUUGUGGCUGUAAAUGCUAAAUGUGCUAAGAGAGAGCUCACCGCCAUAGAAUGGGUAUUACGAGAGGAACACGAUAAUCAAUAUCUUAACAAGGAUAGUGGCGGAGGUUAUCUUUCAAUAUUCAGAAAGUCCGUAGAGCCGUCUGUUGAAAAUUAUCAAGUAAAGGUAGUAAUGAGUCCGGGACAUGCUAUAUUCGAAGGCACAGUGAUGUUUUUACGAAACCGCGACCAGUUUUUGGUGUCAGAGUAUGAUAUUUCCCGAGUGAAUGCUUAUGGCGACGAACCAAGAUGCAUUGUUAAAACUCAUCCUCAUUUAAGUAAGUUUUGCUACUGUGUGGUUUAGGACAUAACAGUUAAACGUUACAUAUUAUGUGAUCUUUAGAGCGUUAAGAUUCUGUGUUCAUACAUACGUGUGUGUAAAAAGUUGUGUAACCGAUUCUGAUAAUAGAAAUGUUUGCAGUAUCGAUUUUUGUUUCAUAAGUAGAAAUCU